GCUGUCAGCGUGAGGACCGCGCCGCGCCGGUAAGCUCGCCUUGGGGGGUACAGGGACCUCGUUUCACGUGGAUUUACGCGGCACAGACGCAUGGCACAGCCGGGCCGGCGGGACCGGGUGAUGCAUUUACCGACUUUGGUUUGAGUUUUCAGAGAGAGUGAAGGAGACAGAGAGUGAGGGAGACGGAUGCUUAUGGUUUUCUGUAAGGGUGCCACAGCCGGCCGUGUCUCCUCUCCAAACGGUGCGCUCUCCGUGGCCGUACUGUCCGGGACUCCCAAGCGGCUGCGACGCGAGAUGGGAUGCAGAAGCGCGCUGGGAUGCUGCCUGCUCGCGGCGUUGUCCUGCUGCCUCUUCCCCUGCUGCAGAGGCAACAUCACCGUGGCUGUGAUGCUGCCGGACAACCACCACAAGUACCCGUGGGCACUGCCGCGCGUCUUCCCGGCCAUCCUCAUGGCGCACGAGGACCUGCACGGCAAACACCGGCUGCUGCUCGGCCGUUCCAUCAACAUCCUCAACUACAGCACUGAGGACCCCGCCGCGGGCUCGUGCGCCGCGAGCCGUGCGCAGGUGGUGGCCGUGGACGCCAAGCUUUACAUCCGCCCGGACGCGUUCUUCGGACCCGGGUGCGUGUACCCUCUGGCCUCCGUGGGGCGAUUCGCGUCCCACUGGAAACUCCCGCUGAUCACCGCCGGGGGUCCCGCCUACGGCUUCGACAAGCGCGAGGAGUACAGGACCAUCGUGCGCAGCGGGCCGUCCACCACCAAGCUGGGGGACUUCGCCAACGUCCUGCACACGCACUUCAACUGGACGUCCCGGGCCGUGGUGAUCUUCCACGACCUGCGCCACGACGACCGGCCGUACUACUUCCUCUCGGAGGGGAUCUACCUCAACCUGAAGGAGGAGAUGAACAUCACGGUGGAGGCCCAGCCGUACGAGGACGACUACAAGUACCACAAGAAUCUCGUUAGUUUUAUGAAGGACCGCGGGAGAAUCGUGUACAUCUGUGGCCCUCUGGAGACUUUCCUCAACAUCAUGAAACUGUUUCAGAGCGAGAUCCAGGACCCAGAAAACUAUGCUAUCUUCUAUCUGGAUGUGUUCGCCGACAGCUUGACGGAUCGCAAACCGUGGCAGAGCCCUGACUCUGACUGGGCCGAUCCCAUCAAGGUCUUUAAGUCUGUUUUCGUCAUAACGUACCGGCCUCCUGAUAAUCCAGAGUACAAAGACUUCCAGAAGAAACUCCAUGCCAGAGCUCAGAGGGAUUUUGGUGUGCAUUUGGAACCAUCACUGAUGGACUACAUUGCUGGCAGCUUUUAUGAUGGUUUCGUGCUCUACGCUAAGGCCUUGGACGAGACGCUGGCGGAGGGUGGAGCCCAGUACGACGGCAUUAACAUCACGAUGAGGAUGCAGAACCGCCGAUUCUGGGGAGUUACGGGGCUUGUUAACACAGACCACAAAAAUGCCAGGGAUAUAGAUGUCAACCUGUGGGCGAUGACCGACCAGGAGACCGGCGAGUACGGGCUUGUUGCGUACUACAAUGGAACCACCAAAGAGAUCAUUUGGUCCCAGACAGAGAAGAUCCACUGGCCCAGCGGGGGGCCACCGCUGGAUAACCCCCCCUGUGUGUUUCCAACAGACGACCCCUCCUGCAAUGAUGGUCAUCUGCCAGUUCUGGGUAUUGUAGCUGUGGGAUCCGGCUUAGCGCUCAUCAUCUUUGGAAUCUCCAGUUUCCUCAUUUACAGGAAACUCAAGCUGGAGAAAGAGCUGGCUGGAAUGCUGUGGAGGAUUCGGUGGGAGGAUCUUCAGUUCGAGAGCCCCAGUAAAUACCACAAACGAGCCGGUAGUCGACUCACCCUCUCACAGAGAGGCUCCAGCUAUGGCUCCCUGAUAACUGCCCAUGGAAAAUAUCAGCUAUUUGCAAAAACGGGCUAUUUUAAGGGGAACCUGGUGGCCAUCAAGCAUGUCAACAAGAAGAGGAUAGAGCUGACCAGACAAGUUUUACUGGAACUCAAACAUAUGAGAGACGUUCAGUUCAACCAUCUAACCAGGUUCAUUGGGGCCUGCAUUGACCCUCCCAACAUCUGCAUCGUAACAGAGUACUGUCCCAGAGGCAGCCUGCAGGAUAUUUUGGAGAAUGAGAGCAUUAACCUGGACUGGAUGUUCCGCUACUCGCUGAUCAAUGACAUUGUGAAGGGAAUGAACUAUCUCCACAACAGCUACAUUGGCUGCCAUGGAAAUCUGAAGUCAUCUAAUUGUGUGGUGGACAGUCGAUUUGUUUUGAAAAUCACGGAUUAUGGCUUGGCCAGCUUCCGCUCAUCCUGCGAAAACGAUGACUCGCACGCACUCUAUGCAAAGAAGCUUUGGACGGCUCCUGAGCUGCUCAUAUAUGACCGCCAUCCUCCUCAAGGGACUCAGAAGGGUGAUGUGUACAGUUUCGGCAUCAUACUGCAGGAAAUAGCCCUGAGGAACGGACCUUUCUAUGUGGAAGGCAUGGACCUCAGCCCCAAAGAGAUCGUACAAAAGGUGAGGAACGGUCAGAAGCCGUACUUUCGGCCUGCAACGGACAACAGAUGCCACUCGGAGGAGCUAACCAUCCUGAUGGACGGCUGCUGGGCCGAAGACCCCGCAGAGAGGCCUGAUUUCGGCCACAUCAAGAUCUACGUGGCUAAACUCAACAAGGAGGGCAGCACCAGUAUUCUUAACAACCUGCUGUCCAGGAUGGAGCAGUACGCCAAUAAUCUGGAGAACCUGGUGGAGGAGCGAACACAAGCCUACCUGGAGGAGAAAAGAAAAGCUGAAAACCUCCUCUAUCAAAUUUUACCACAUUCAGUAGCAGAGCAGCUAAAACGAGGGGAGACGGUGCAGGCAGAAGCGUUUGACAGCGUCACGAUUUACUUCAGCGACAUCGUGGGCUUCACGUCCAUGUCUGCAGAGAGCACGCCGCUACAGGUUGUCACGUUGCUCAAUGAUCUGUACACAUGUUUUGAUGCCAUCAUCGAUAAUUUUGAUGUAUAUAAGGUGGAGACCAUCGGUGACGCCUACAUGGUGGUGUCAGGGCUGCCGGUGCGGAACGGGAAACUCCAUGCCAGGGAGAUUGCCGGGAUGUCGCUGGCUUUGUUAGAGCAGGUCAAAACGUUCAAGAUCCGUCACAGACCCAACGACCAGCUGAGACUCAGGAUAGGUAUACACACAGGUCCAGUCUGUGCCGGCGUGGUCGGGUUGAAAAUGCCCAGAUACUGUUUGUUUGGAGACACUGUCAACACAGCAUCUCGAAUGGAGUCCAACGGAGAGGCCUUGAAAAUCCACGUAUCCUCUGCCACCAAAGAAGUCCUGGAUGAGUUUGGCUACUUUGAUCUCCAGUUACGAGGAGAUGUGGAAAUGAAGGGCAAAGGCAAAAUGAGAACGUACUGGCUUCUUGGGGAGAAGAAUGAUGUGUAUGUUAUCUGAGAGGCCUGCCGAUAAUGUGCAGCGGCAGCAUGUGGAGACGACGGCAGAAGCUCUGGUGGCCGAGCCACUUCUUUAUUUGUUCUAGAAUAAGUCCCUAUUGGUGAUUUCCGUGCAGAGGAACAGUGAACAUCACCAUAUGACAAAAACAGAUGGAAUUCCAGGUAUAUUUAUUACCUGCAUACUGUAACUGCAAAAAAAGAAAAAAAAAGAAAAAGAAAAAAAAAGUAAAGCUGUUUUUGUAUGAAGAACCUUUCUGUCCUCAGAGUGAGUACUUUUCACUGAUAAAUUCUUAUUUUUUGUGCUUUCUAUAUUAAGAUUUGUAUAAUGUGUUUGGAAGUCAAUGAUGUAUUAAUAUUUCCUUGAAACAUUGAAGUUUGGAGGCAUAGCGUUACAAUCAAUGUCACUGCAGGGGUUCAUCAACCAUGUUACACAGUACAAAAUAAUAUGUAUAUAUGUAUAUCCAAGAUACUGUAAGAUAUUUUGUUCAAUAAACUGAGUAAAAUACUCUUUUUUCCAUGUAUGGAGCAGGCAGUAUUUUUAUACCUUUGCUUUUGUUGUUGGUGUGUGGUUACUUAUUGAUAUUUGCUUCCACAAAGGAUGUAACAUGAGAAAGGUAGAGAAUUGUUUGUAGGAUUUAUGCAGUAACUUUGAAUUCGCCAUCACACUGUUCCUGCUAGCUCUCUGUCUACCUGGGCCGUAUCCUCUUGACAAAACUCACCCAAAAUCCAAGUUUAACCCAGAAAGAGCCCCCCGAAAUACUGGAUGUCCACAUAGAAUGGCUCAUUUAAAAGGCAGAAACGCUCACGGAGCUAAUGCAGAAGGGUGGCAGCCAGUUUAGCAGAGGGGCAGUCUACUGCAGUCAAGUGUAAACUUUUGGGAACGUCUGUCGAAAUCAAACCGCACCUUGAGGACUAUCUUCUAUUAUUAUCUUCCAUUAUAUACGAGUCGUGACAAUUAGUUCAGGUUUAUCCAAUGUAUAGCCUUGUCGCUUCCCAUUUUACGAUACUGCCAGGACUAUUAUAUCAUCAGUAUUGUUUUUAUUUAUAACAAGUGUGCCUUAGAAAAACAGAGCAUCAAGUAUCUGCAGCCUAAUUAACUGCGAGCAGUUGUGCACAGAUAAGGGAAGAAGUGGAGAAAAGGAAGUCAGUAGCAGGCAGCUGUGUGGUUGUUGUAAUGACAUCACUGCUCAUUAGACGCUCAUUAUCAGUGUGUGGAAUGGGGGCAUGGGUACUGUGCAUGGUUAUGUGUGUGCCUGUGUGCGUUUUCAUCUCUGCGGGAGAACAUCUUCCCCUCCUGCACGGCUGUAAUUACCUCCAACUUUCUCACAGUGACGCGCAGCCGGCGCCCUUUAGAGCAACAGCCAACAGAGUGAAGGUCUCUGCUGAACCAAACGCUGACCUGCUGGCUUCUCUCAAAUGACCAGGCUGUCUGUCAUCGUGUCAUGUGUUAUUUUCUGUCUUUUCAUACAGCCCAGACCUUGAAGUACAAAGCCUCCAGCUGUACUGACUGCAAAAAAAAGUGCAUAAGCCAAAGUAGAAGGGCACUCAGUAGAGAGCAGACCUCCGCCAAGGCCAGAGUCAAACAAAAUACACCAGACUACAGAGAAAAACACUGAAAUUCAUAGCAAAUGAUCCGGAUCUGCCCCCAAACUUUAACAGGUUCUUCCCUGGCCCAUGCCCCAUCCCUCCACCAAGUUCGGUGCAAAUCGGUUCAGUACUGUUUGUGUGGGUGAUUUCACGAUCUCCUCGGCGGAGGAAAUAAUUCUCAAAAUCACUUGAAAUCACUAAAAUAUCUUAAACUGUAUGAUGAUUUCAU